AUGGUCUUCGACGUUUGAUAUAAAAUGGAUUCAGUAUCUCUUAGAAAUUUCAACGCAAAUGAAAUAUCCGUUAUUUUCAGCAAAUCAUAAGUAGAAAAAAACACUAUGUUACUUAAAUUUUUAGUGUUAUUAUUUCUUCUUCUGGAAUAUACCACGUCAGAGCCCUCUUGCCCUCCUAACGAAAUCUACAAUGCUUGUGGAUCCGCGUGUCCAUCAACAUGUCAAAAGCCAAAACCUUCUGUUUGUAUCGCUUUAUGUGUACCAGGUUGUUAUUGCAAACCAACUUUCAUCAGGGAUGAAAAAUCUGGAAAAUGUACCAGCAAAUGUUAUCCCAUUUGUGGUCCCAAUGAAUCAUUCGAUAGCUGUGGAUCAGCAUGUACCCCAACGUGCCAAAAGCCAACGUCUACGUUUUGUACAUUUCAAUGCGUACCAGGUUGUUAUUGUCAACAAAAUUUGAUUAGAGACGAAAGAUCCGGACGAUGUGUUAGAAGCUGUUCUCGAUCAAGAGGAUGACGG